CGUGCCCAGAGGCGCGCGCGCGCCCCUUGCUCGCUAGUAAGCGGCGGUGACUGGAGCGCUGCUGCUCUGUGGAAAGUGGCUCCCCGGUUUUAGUGACGGUACAGCGGGACCGAACUUGGCAGAAACAGCCCGCAGCCGCAGCGCUCGACGCCGGGCAGCCGCUAGCGUUCACCCGCCAGGAUAUCCCUCCGAAGAUAAGCUCGCCGUGUCCGCCAACAGACGCGACGCGGCGGCGGGGGCGGUUUACCGGGCGAAAGGAAUAACGUUUACAGGGGGGGAAACGGGCGAGAAAGGGGUGAGGGUGAAGGUAUUCGUGCGACGAACCGGAACCGGAGGACAGUGACGAGCGACGAGCGGACCCCGCGCUUAGCUGCCGUGGCAGAAGACACCAGAGCGCAGGCGGGUCAUGCGGAUCUCUCCGCUCGCUGGUCGGAGCGCCGCGUCGCGGCAGUGAACCGCGCGGCGUUGCGGGGCGGAACGAGAGCACGAGCCCGAAGAAGCAGACCCCUUCUCCUCCGGAGAGAAGAGCCGCCAUGUCCCGGAGGAAGCAGAGCAAGCCCCGGCAGAUAAAGCGUUCCAUCGGCGACCUCGGCGACGAGGAGGAAAACGCGCCGGACAGCCUCAGCCUGUCGGGAGAGGACGGGGCCGCGUCGGACCUCGACGACUCCGCGGAAGGCGACGGCUGCAGCCCCCGGGCGCCAGCGUCGCUGUACGUCCAAGAGCCCAGGACGCAGGACUCGGGAGGAGGCCCUGAUGAGGAAGACAAGGACGGGGAGGAGCCAGGUCUGUCGCACAGUGGCGGGGAAGACGAAGAGGACGAGGACGAGGAGGAGGAGGAGGAGGAAGAGGAGGAGGAGGCGUCGCAGUGGAGAGGUCCAGAUGCCCUGGAGUUCAGCGGAGCGAGUGGGGGCAACAGGGUGGUAGCUGCCAGGGACCUCCGUCCAGACACAACGUGGGGCCCCUACCCAGGAGUCCUCCAGUCAGAGGGCGGGACGGACGAUCAGGAGACAACGCAAUCCAGGUUGACUCUGGCGUGUGACGAUCCAGACUGCUGGAUUAGUCGGCUCCCUCUGACAUGUGACGUCUCCGCUGCCAACUGUACCAUCUACAGCCAAGGUGAGCAGUUGUUCUGCAAGGUGAGCCGAGAGCUGACGGCCGGCGAAGGGCUCCUGGCCUCCCUGUCCCCUCCUCCCAGCUCCUCGUCGUCCUCACCGCUAAGCCGGCUCUCUCCUCCGCUAAGCCUCGUCACCCAGAAGCAAGCCGUGGUCAAAGACGAGACGCUGUACUCGCCGGCACUGCGCUCAGAAAUCCAGCUCCUCCCACAGCAGGCGGGCAUGGCCGCCAUCUUGGCCACUGCUGUUGUCAAUAAGGACAUUUUCCCGUGCAAGGACUGUGGGAUCUGGUACCGCAGUGAGCGGAACCUGCAGGCCCACCUCAUGUACUACUGCGCCAGCCGGCAGAAGCAGCCGCCAGCCGCCUCGUCCCCGCCACAAGACAAACCCAAGGAGUCCUACCCCAAUGAACGCAUCUGCCCCUUUCCGCAGUGCAACAAGAGCUGCCCCAGUGCCAGCUCACUGGAGAUCCACAUGCGCACACACAGUGGUGAACGCCCGUUUGUCUGUCUCAUCUGUCUGUCGGCCUUCACCACUAAAGCAAACUGUGAGCGCCACCUCAAAGUCCACACGGACACGCUGAACGGAGUGUGUCACGGCUGUGGCUUUGUCUCCACCACAAGAGACAUCCUCUACAGCCAUCUGGUCACCAGCCACAUGGUGUGCCAGCCUGGAUCUCGCAGUGAGGUCUAUUCCCCAGGCCCAGGCCUCCCCAAGCUGCCCAUAUCCACUGGUCUCAGUCCAGGAGACUCUGGUGUAGUUUUGAAGUGUCAAGUGUGUGGCCACAACUCUGACUCCCCUGCACAGCUUCAGCAGCAUGUGCGAACCCACCUAGAGGUCAGGGUCCCAACUGAAAGGAGCCCCAAUCCCCGGCAAAGUACCCCAUCAUCAGUUGACCACCCUCAGCUGUCUCCCCAUGAGAGGGAGCCCCUUGGCUGUGUCCCGAGCCCGGACUCAUCCAGCCCUGGUGCAAAUGGCGGCUCAGCCCCGCCUCGAGACUCCAGUCCUCCGAAUGCACAAACUACUGACUUAAAGAUCAAAGAGGAGCCUCAUUCAGACUCAGACGCAGAAGAGCAGCAAAUGGAGAUUAUGGAGGGUGGAGAGAAAGAUGAGCUAAGUGGAGAGGAGGCACAUCAAGAAAUAACAAUCAAGACAAACGAGAAGAGAAUCGCCACAUCUUCCUGUGCGACAUCAACUUCUCCGAAGAGUCCAGCCACGGCAAGUGUAAAGGCAGAGCCAACCAGUCCCACCCCUGGUUCUAGCCCUGCGCAUGAGGGAGGCACAGGGUCAGUUCUCCCUGGUGGAGCAAUGUUCUUGCCUCAGUACAUGUUUAAUCCCGAGGCAGCCAUUAUGCCCCAGGCCUCGGAGAUACUGGCUAAAAUGUCCGAGAUGCACAGCCGACUGAAACAGGGCCAGGCAGUUCCUCAGAACAAUCCACCGGCCUUCUUUCCCUCUGGACAGACUGCACCUACAGCCGCAGCCACUCCCCCUCAUAAAGGAGCCACCUGCUUUGAGUGUGACAUCACAUUCAACAACAUCAACAACUUUUAUGCACAUAAGAGGCUGUACUGCUCCAGUAGGCACCACGGAGAAGGUGCAACCUCCGCUUCAGGUCCUGGAUCGACAAGAGAUGCAGCCCCUGCCACGAUGCCACGUGGCUCCCCCACAUCUCCUCAAGGUGGAGCAGCAAGUAGAGCAGCCUCUGCUUCUCCUACUGAGUCUGACCCUCCAGCAGAGAGUGGAGCAACAGAACCCAAGAGGGUGGUGGAAAUAAAGACGGAAACCUCUAGAGAGGGAAUAUCUUCCUCUUCUGAAGGGGAAGGUGGAGGCGGAAGUGUGGGAGGAGGGGGUGGAGGAGGAGGAAGAGCAAGCGAAGGCAGCCAGAGUCCUGCUAGUGGUUCUGCGGAGGACCAAGAAGACGAUCCAAAUAGAACCUUCUGCCAGGCCUGCAACAUCCGCUUUAGUCGUCACGAAAACUACACUGUACACAAACGCUUCUACUGCGCUUCACGCCAUGACCCAUCCAACCACCGAGCCGUACACAUGGCCAAGGCAACCACACCAGCAGCCUUCCUUCCCCAGCCCAUCCGCAAACGCAAGAGGAAGAAGAUGUAUGAGAUUCAUAUGGCCAGAACUGAAGCCUUAGCCAACGCUGCCGCUGCCGCCGCCGCUGCCGCCGCUGCUGUGGCUGCUUCUGCACCAUCUCCCUCCGUCCUGGGCCUGGCAGUGAAGCAAGAGGUUUCUCCCAGCGAGGAAGACAGCUCUAGCCCAGAAGGAGAUGGCCCGAUUGACCUCAGCAAGAGGCCCCGCCUGAGAGUGGUCCCACGCCAUAGCAGCAGCAGCAGUAUUCUCCCUGCCCUGCCUCUUACAGACUACCACAAGUGCACUGCUUGCAGUAUCAGCUUCAACAGCAUUGAGAACUACCUGGCCCAUAAAACCUACUAUUGCCCCGCUACCACCCUCCAGCCCCAUACCUUGGAGCAGCUUCACAGGCUCAAGAGUUCUGCCUCUACCUCUCCCAAAAGCAGACCUGCGCAGGAGCGCACGGAUCACCUGCACCCCGUGGAGGCUAAAGCUCUGCCUGCUGAGUGGGUGUCCCAGGCUCAAUCCUCCAGUCCUCACCCCUCUGCCUUACCUUCCUCCGAUGCCACAUCUCCCAACACACUUGCAACCAACACACUUGCAGCCACCCCGGGGGCUGGCGCCAAAGGCGCAGGCGCCAGAUCCUCUCAGGCGGUGUGCCCAUACUGCCCAAACAGGCUCAUCACCUGUGACUUGAUGGAGCACUUCAAGACCACCCACGGCCUUGUUGUAACCGUUCAGCCAACUCAGCCAGGCAGUGUAGUCAGCCGCAGCCCCAGCCUUAGUCCCAGGGAUGGAACUGCGGCAACCACCUCCACCACCCCAAUGAGCCAUUCUAGAUUGGUCUCUCGAGUUCACAGAGACAGCAUUAAUGGGCAGGCGAGGAGCAGUACAACUUCUCCGGUCUCCCCGCUGGUAAACGGCAGCCCUUCAGCUGGGGGUGGAUCACCUUUGGCUGGCUCACCUCUGCCUCCGUCUCCCCCAAGGGCUCCUUCUCUGACUUUGUCACCUGUGCCUGAGGUCCUGAGGGGGACUGUGGGGUUGUCUCCAGACAACGCCGUCCCGACUGUGACCUCCCAUCCCAUCGCCACAGCCCCGCCUGCCCCCGGCCCCAAAUCCACAGUGAUCUCCCCGGUCCUUAACGGUAAUUCCCGCUUCUGUCGGCUUUGCAACAUCAAGUUCAGCAGUCUCUCCACAUUCAUAGCUCACAAAAAAUACUACUGCUCCUCCCACAGCGCCGAACAUGUCAAGUGAGCACAGUAUUCUUUUUCCUCCCCUUCCUUUGUCUUUUUGAGUGGCGGCUUUUCUUCACUAAGUUCCAGGAAACUCAGUUGCCCCCCCCCCUCCUCUGCCAGUUGUCCCUCAAGGGGGCCAAAAUGGCUUGACCAUGAAUGACGAUAAAUGACUGUUACUCACCUGGCAGGGCCUGAUGUCCAACUGCUCAAGAGCAGAAUUUACAGGUGGUGUAACUAACAUAAUAACUGAUAUUCUCCUGCGAUGGGUCAAAGUUUGUGGCCCACUAAGAGCUGAUGCUACCUAAACACACACUUGUGUGCCCUGGUCCCCUAAAUCACUCUCCGUCUUCGCCCCAAGUUACUAAUUCGACAUCUGCCAUUUCCAGGCCUCACAUUAUGUUGCAUUAUUGGACGUUAAAUACAGUCUCUGUAAUUAGAUUCUGACCGAUGGAGGCAUUUGUGACUCAUGAUAAUCCAGUAAAAAUGCGCUGAAUCGUCAAGCUUUUCCUGAGCUCUUAAUGUUUCAGACCUAAACAGAGGAAUCGUUUUUCCUGUUUGGAAAAGACUUGGUCAUUGUUAAUGUUUUUAAUAUCUGUGCAUAGUGUAUGAUGUCUGAAAAAAAUAAUUAUAUAAUGCUUUUGGUUUCAACACUGGCUCUUUUGCUCACUAAACUAGCUAAAGCAAUUUAGCUGAAACACAAAUAUGUGGUGUCCCAAUGUUACUAAUUACUGAAGGAUAAUAUUUCAAAAUGGACAAUUCUGUUUCUUUCAUAGACAAACAUGUUGGUAUUUUCUCCUUAAAGUCCAAGGGAGGAAAAAAAUGUGAUAUAUUUAUCUUUUAGUCCUUACUAAUUUCAUGUCAACAGAAAACUACCUACAUAUUGUCCGAGAGUUCUUGUAUUUUUUAUUUGUAUAUUUUUCAUACUGUUGGAAGGAACUGUUUGGAUCUGGGUGUGUUGAUGUGUAGAUAUGUAAUAUCUUCUCAAAGUAAUCACUUGGAUCACACAGGGCCUUGUUAUCACGUUAGCAUUUUGUAUUUUGUUUAUGCAGUCUUUAAUUGAUGGCGAGGUCAAAACCAGCGCUGUUUAUUUUUAGCCCCUCUUGAUGAGCAACAUGAUUAGAUCAGAACAGCUUCCUUACCCACAGAUCACACAGAAGAAGAGAAAGUUGAAUGGAGCACUAUGAUGUAGCCACAAAUUUUAGGGUGUAUAAAAUACAAAUUUUUAAUCAAAAUGUUAUCUUGAGUUACCAGUCAACAUACCAUGAAAACUAUGACCAUGACGGAGACGGCUUUUGUUGGACUGUCACAUCAUACUAAAGAAUACUCAAAAAUAAAAUGAAACUCUUGGUCGCCUAAUACACAUCUCAAAAGAUGUUAUGUGUCUUAUAAAUGAUUGUGUUUCUUUCCGGGAAUGAAGGCAUAGCAGGGAAUAGUCACAUUGUAUUACAAGGCCUCACACAGUAGAGUAAGCACCUAUUUAAUAGACACUCAUUGUGGCCGAUGAGUGUGUGUGUGAGCAAGUCCUUGUCCUCUCUCACUCUAUUGCUCUCUCACACAUGCACACUUACUUGCCAUGCACCCUUGCUGCUGCGGCAGCUGCAAUACAGUAUUAGUUAGAACUGUGAAAUGCUUUUUAUUUCUUGAAAUAUUGAUGCAUACUUCUAAGGGUCGUCUUUAUUUUCUUUGAGGGCCAGACUUCAUUUUUAAUUUGAUUGCAUCCAGAUUCUGGGUUUGUCGUUUGUCUUUUUUCACCCCAAAUUUAUAAAGUAUAAAAUCCCCAGGAUUUAAUUAACAACAGCCUCUAAGACACAAUUGGACCGUAUGCUAGAAAUACAGAGUAUGGAAGAUGUUAUUAUGGGUCAGCGUUUUCCUGGCCAGCAAGGGUUCACACAAAGCAGCUGUUAGACUUUCUUGCUAAAAUACUAACAUCAGUCAAACUGUAAACCUUCUCUCACAGCUUGUGUUGGCGGCCAUUGACCCGUCUUUUCAGUGGUCAGCCUGCUCCCAAUCAAAAGUGUUUCUCUUGUCAGUGGUUGAGAGGAAAUAUUGUUGUACGUCUUUUUCGAUUACUGAUUAGGGACAACAGAACAGGCUGUGAACAUUUGCAUUUUAUCAAAGCUGAAAGUUGUGGUUAAUGUUGCGAUGUGAGCUCCUCAUUAAUUCUUGAUGAUCGCACCAUUGUCCCUUCGUUGACACGUGUGUGUGUGUGAUUUUCUAAAACAGAAUUCAGAAUUCCUGGUUUAUUAUGCAACUGUUCUCUGUGGUGGUUUGAAGCUGAACUGUUCCAGGCCCAACUAGGGCCCAAGUGUUUACAAUUGUGCUGGUCUGUCUUCAUCAGUCCAAAUUGAAAGAGAGAAGAAGAAGAAAGUCACAGAGAAAGGUCAACUUACCACAAAUUGAAUAACUGGGUGCUGGAAAAUCAUCAUUUGAACUUAACCCCUUUUUAAUUGCACUGUGUUGUAGAAAAAUGUGCUGAAUGUUUUAGUUUAGGGACUUUUUGUAUUGUAUUUAUCUUAUACAGAACUUUUCCCUGUCCAAAGUGCGUCACCUUGAAGGACUUUCUGAAAGAGUUCAUCCUUGGCCUAAAAACCUUCUUUCCUAUAGUUGUAAACAUGUUUUGUUAAUAAUUCAUAUGAUGUCCAUGAUAGAGAAAAUCAAAAUGAAUGUCAAAGCUUUUAUUUCCAUAUUUCUAUUUCAGUUCCAUUCCAUUCUUGUCCAAACUAUGCAUGGGAAAUAAAAAAAAGUUCUGAGACACUGA